GAAAAAAAAGACCAGUCAUCGCCUCGAUUGUCGAAACAGGAGUCUCCGUCAUCCACCCUGUGCUAUGCCUUUCUCGAUCGAUUGUUCUUGAGAGAGAGAGAGAGAGAGAGAGAGAGAGAAGACGACGACGAAGAAUGCUUGCUCUUACGCUACGAAAGGUCUACAGGCAUUCGCCUCUGGGCUGAAAAUUUUCAGGUUUCAACGUGCCAAUAUCAAGUACACAAAUCAUUGGUUUCUGCGAAUACUGCCACAUUGUAACACAAGGGAGGUGGUUGAAUAUACUUCACAGUUGGGCUGUAUUUAUUUAGGAGAAUGGCAGAUGGAAUGUCAAGCUUCUGGGGUCCUGUCACGUCCACCACCGAGUGGUGUGAAACUAAUUACGUCUACUCUUCCUACAUUGCAGAAUUCUACAACACUAUAUCCAAUAUCCCAUGCAUUCUUUUGGCACUAAUAGGCUUAAUAAAUGCCUUAAGACAACGUUUUGAGAAGAGAUUUACUGUUCUUCACAUAUCAAAUAUGAUACUAGCCAUUGGGAGCAUGUUAUUCCAUGCCACAUUGCAGCAUGUGCAACAACAAAGCGAUGAAACUCCAAUGGUAUGGGAAAUGCUCCUCUACCUUUACAUCCUCUACUCCCCAGAUUGGCACUAUCGCAGUACGAUGCCCACCUUCCUUUUUCUCUAUGGUGCCGCUUUUGCUGUUGCCCAUUCCCAGAUCCGUUUUCGCAUUGGAUUCCAGGUUCACUACAUAAUCUUGUGCCUCCUAUGCAUCCCCAGGAUGUACAAGUAUUAUAUCUACACUCAAGAUGUCUCUGCUAAGCGGGUUGCAAAGUUGUAUGCGGCUACCCUAUUUGUUGGUAGUUUGUGUUGGCUGUUUGAUCGUUUAAUGUGCAAGGAGAUAUCAAGUGGGCCCUUCAACCCACAGGGCCAUGCCUUGUGGCAUGUCUUAAUGGGUUUUAACUCUUACUUUGCAAACACAUUCUUGAUGUUUUGCCGCGCUCAGCAACGGGGAUGGAACCCAAAGAUUGUCCAUCUCAUGGGGGUCCUUCCUUAUGUGAAGAUCAAGAAACCAAAAUCCCAGUGAGACGUUUUCGGGGCAAAAAAGCUAGCAGACAAUCAACUUUUUUCAUUUUCAUGUUGAGAUGAAUUUCCAAUUACGUUUAUUGAUGUGGUUAGUUUGGACCACAUAUUUUUUCCCAUGUGCGGGUGUGGAAGUACCGUGCAUUGUACCAUAUCUUAUAUGCUUGUUUUGGCGGUAUUAGGAUAGUGAAAUUUGUUUUGUUAGUUUUUUUUUUUUUGGAUUUGGGAUUUUAGAGAAGACGGACGAAAAAGCUACCUUGAAUUUGUUAUGGAACCUGAACCAGCAGGAGUUCCUAUUAAUUUGAUAGUGUUCGGUUUA